GCUUUUCCAGGAGCAGUGGCAGGGAACUCAAUUGGAAAUAGAGCAACUGGGACUGAAACCAUUGUCCAUAUAGGUUUUUGGCUCCAUAAGCCAUGGCUUUGCUUACUAUGCUACAACACUGGCCUUAGGAAUAUCUUUUUUUAAAAACUCUUCACUAAAAGCAAAAAUUAUGAAUACAUACUAACUAGAGUGAAUUCUAAAGAUGCAGGUGGAACUGUUUCCAACUUUAACAAUCAUUUUUAUACCCAAGCUAUAUCUUACUCUUAUAUGCUAAGAUUAUUUUAAAAUAAACCAAAUAAACCAGAUACUGUGAUAUUUCACUCAUAAAUAUUUUUAAGUAUGUGUAUGGUAAUCUUAUUGGUGAUAUUGUCACAGUAAUUUACUUUUGAUUAAUAAGCUUUUCACUUAACGUGGACUAUAUAUUUUACUAACCCCCAAAUUAAGAAAUAUAUGGGCCUCCUAUAUUACACUUUUAAAAGUUCCAUGGAGAAUGGUAUUGUGUGAACUAGUGCUAUCCCUGUGAUUAAUCUAUUCUGUACACAGUAACACUCAGGGUGCAGGAACGCCCCUCCUUUGGUCACCUAGUAACUUUUCACUAGUCAACAACAAGCUGAGUAAACCACUAUGUCGCAGGAAGGUUCUUGGCUGGCUAACUUGGAUCAUCUCCUAGAUAUUAGGGGAAAGAACCAUCACCAAAUUUGAAUUUCUAGACCUCCAGGCUUUGCAGGCAUACAACAAACAUAUCACUUCCAGAGCCUAGGAUGGAGACAGAAGACAUAGGUUCAAGUAAACUCGGCCAAAUCUUGAAGCAGAUUUGGAGGCAACACUGGAUGCUGAAGCAGGCCCUGCUGGGUGAUGGUCUCGGUGAGAAGGCUGCCGGGGCCACUUGGAUGGCCACAGUGGUUUUCCUGGGGCAGGAGCUCAGUGGGGCUCUUCACCAGCUGUUGGAGCACACUGCAGGGACCCUGCACUCUACCUGUGAGCAGCUGCGCUUGCUGCAUGACAAGGAGGACCAAUGUGCCUACAGACAAGAAAUGAUUACUUUCAUAGACUGCCUGAUGAAAAUAAAGGAACAUUUGGGGAGCACUGCUGUACUUCUAAAGAAAGAAGAGAAAGAGAUGUGUAAUUUAUGCAGCAAGCAUGAUGAAUGUACUCAAGAGCAAACAAUGUCCGCCAUUCAAGAUACCAAAGCAACAGACAUUGCUGUAAGAGGGGAACUGAAUGCCAUAGAAACAGCCACUGUUUCCCCUGCAAAUGGAGAGGAAAGCCAUUGCACAAACCAGGUCCAAUUAAGAAAAAAUAAAGCACAUAUAAGUUUAGAAUUAGUAGAAAAAGAAAACAAUGCAUCAUUGAAUGGAAAUGUAACGGAGCAAGUGUCUGAGAACAAAAUGUUCCCAGAUAAUGCAGAAAAUGAGGAGGACAAGCGAACAGAACAUAUGACUAUUGAGGACAUAAACGGCAACAGGGAAGAGAUUUGUGAUGUAAUGCAGGCAAAAGAAAGAGAAAUUCAUGAGACUUCAGAGUGUCCAAGAGAAGAGAUUACCACAUCCUCAGCAACAUGCGAUAUCUCCAGUGAUUCUGUGAAGAGUUUUCCAAAUGAUUCAGAGAGUCUAAGGCCAAAGAACUACACAAUGGAAAAGGAGUAUCGGGAUGUAGUAACUGAUGAGAUUGAUGCACAAGUGUCUUGUUACAUUACAGCACCAUCAGAUGUUCUACAAUAUCUAGCAUGCCGAAUAAUUAAUAAAAUGAGUUCUUUAAUAGUGGGUGAUAAUGAAGAGUUGGUUAGCAAUGUCAUCACUGUUGAGUGUACAGACAAAGAAAUGAAAAUUCCGUUUCCAAUAUGCAUCGCAAUUCCAUUUACGGCACGUUACAGGGGGAAUUACAGAGAUAUAAUGGUAAAAGUGUCAGAUAUAAACCUUCAAUCAAGUUACCUAACCCCAAAUUCACUGGAAGGAAUAAGAGGAAGUUUUAAGGGCACCUGUGCUGCUGUGAAAGUUUACAAAUUGGGAAUCUUUUCAGUGGUGUCUUGCUUAGAGAAAGAAUCUUUUACAAUCACAAAGAAAGGCUUUACUCUUAAGUCCAGCCUGGAUUCUCGAAUAUCCUUAAACUACCCUCCUGGAGUUUUCAGCUCAACUGUGCUUGCACAAUUAAAGGUUCAACCAGUUGACCCUUCUCUCCUGGCAUAUUUAAGAACACAGCAUGAUACUUCCCACUCAGUACUGGCCACCAGUCCUCUGAUUCAUAUUCAGCACCCAUCCACUCAUCGUUUUCAGAAGCCAGUCACUGUAUUCUUACCCUGUUCUCCACAUCCUGACAAAAAGAUUCUUUCAUCUGAGGUAGAGCAUAAAGGAAUAUCUAGUGUUACAACAAACAGGAUCAUCCCUUUGUGUUUCAACCGGACAAGAAAUGCUUCUUUAAGGAAACUCGGGAAAAGUGGCUGUGAAUCUUUGAAACUGCUAGGAUUCAGAAGCCGAGACAGUGGUUGGUUUGGGCUUGAUGAUGUUGUGGUGAGAUCCGUGCAGAGUGGUUUGAUAUCGUUUGAACUAAAUGAACAUUUAGAAAGGUUUAUAGUGCUCUACUCCUCUUCCUUUGUGGACAAUGGCCAUCUAGUCUCCUUUGUGAAAUCUUUAGAAGAAGCCAUACUUACCACCACAGCCUGUGUAUUGCUGUCCCACCAGAAGGACAAUCCACGCAAAGUAGCCAUCUUGGUGGUGCCCUCUAAAGACUUAAACCAAGCACUUAAAAACCUGCGCCUGGAAGGGUUCCGGAGUCCGCCAGAACCAUCUCGUCAGUUCCAAGUGAGAGAAGGAGAACAACUUCUGUUAAAGUUUGCUGGAAAUAUAUUUGCCUCAAGCAAUGGAAAGGACUAUGGAAAAGACUAUAGGCUCACUUUUCACUUUCAAAGAAAACUCAGGCUGGAACUCCAAAUCAAAGAGGUGGAUGAAUUUGGAAACUAUAGCUGCCCACAUUACAAGGGCACCCUUGUCGUUUUUAAAGUACCGAAGGAAAAUCUAGCACGUGACUUGGAUUCAUCUUGUAUUCUUGAUGAAAAUCAUGUCCAGUUGCCAAUUUGCAAAUUACCUUUGAGAUUGCCAAAGCAUGAAAAGUUUAUCAACCGUCCACAGAGUACCAAACGAAUUUCUACAGAUCCGCUAGAAGUGCUUUGGGAUAACUUGCUGCACUGGCUGGCAGAGGAGCUUUCGGAAGAAAAUGCUGAGGCUCUUUCCACCUGCCUCCCUGUGCGCCGCAGCAGCGUGCAGCUCAUCAGGCUCAAGCACCCUGGCGAUCUCACAGAACAGAUCCAUGAGCUUCUCUGCGUCUGGAAAAAAUCGCUGCCUACAUCCACGGACAAACUUCGCCUGCUGGCCCGCCAUCUCCGCAAGAUGGGCAGGAGCGAUCUGGCAGAACAGCUCAAAUUCAAGUGGGAAAAUAAAGUGUUCACUGAGCCACAGCAGUGGUUUGAUCUGGUGGCCGAAUGAAAACUGCUGCUUCAAUUCCAGUCGCCCUAGGAAAGGGCCCAUGGGUGGUUUUAAGAUUGCGUCUGUCAGCAUUCUCUGAGCAGUUUCCAAGUAGCAUUGUUUGAAGUAGGCCUAUUUGGUAGAUGUACUAUUGAGAAAUCAAUUGAGGCAAUGGAAAAUGGAAACUAAUGAAAGGCGUUCCUGGGUGUGAGCGCUCCUUCUGGCUUGAGUGAUGUGUGUUCUGCGACCAGGACCAUCUUGCGCUCCCACUCUGUUUUGCCUGCAUGUGACCUGUGACUUCUCACAAGUUCUCCUCCUCUCCCCCACUCCGACCUCAGUCCCUGUGACACACAUUCCCAUGGACCCUUUCACAGACACACACAACUUCUUCACAUCCAACGGCACAUUUUCCCCCAGAAUUAAACUAUGCACAUAAUAGUGCCAGAGUAAAACAAAUGCAAAAGUGUAUAAUGAAAGAAGUUCAUCUUGACUCAUGUAGGAAAUUGAAGGAAUUAUUCCAGUGUGUGAUUAUAUGGGAGUACUUAAGAGAGGUCUUAAAAAAUAAUUAACCCCCCCGAUAACAAC